AUGGCUGCAAUGAUGAGAGCUGUAAUGGCGAUUGCGACGGUGGCAGCCAUCUCUGCGAUUGCCAUGGGCGCCAACUACGACGUCGGCGGCCCUGCCGGCUCUUGGGAUCUCGCCACUAACUACACGCAGUGGGUCUCCGGCAAGGCAUUCCGCGUGGGUGACACACUGAGUGAGUCCUCUCCUUCCUCGUUUCCUCCCCUCUACAUUGCUUAUGAUGUCGAAGUAUAUGAUGUUAUACAAAUUCUCGCUGAGCAUUCAAGUAUGCGUCGAGCCAUGACGUGUUGGAGGUGUCGAGCGCCGCCUACAGCUCGUGCACGACGAGCAACCCCAUAUCGACGAGCACCGGCGGCAACACCGUCGUCACGCUCAACAGCACCGGCUCCAGGUACUUCGUCUGCGGAAUUCCCGGACACUGCGCUGGUGGCAUGA